AUGAUCGAGUGUGACAAUGUCAACGGUUUUUUCGAAUGUACUAUAUUGACUUCUGCAAAUCUUCUCAGGAUUAAUGCAUACGAUAAGUCUCUUGCUAAGAAUUUGAAGGUAGAAGUAAUUCUACCUGGUGGUAGUUCUUGUCUAGGUGAUGUAAUUAGUGUUGAUUGGCAUUUCAAUAUUUCUGCUAUCAGAAUCCAAUCAUCGGCUCCUUUGCCAACAGCCAAACUGAGGUGUUUGGAUGAUGCUAUUCAGACUCAUGAUUUAAGCAGACCUCAAGUCCAGCAGAAUUCCAGUUUAUUGAAAUUACUUCCUGGGGAUGAUUUUAUCGCUUUAGGCCGUCAUUAUUCUGAACCGUAUGACCUUAUGGUUGCUCCUGGUAAAUUUAGACUAGUGACACCUAAAGUGAGCUUGUGGACUAUUAGCACUGAAUGCUUUGGUAUUGGUCUACUAUCAAGUUUUGUUGUCUACAUUUUUAGCAUCGACCGUUGCGAAUUAGAUUGCAAAGAGCUUCUCAGAGUGAACUGCAUGAUUACAAAAUGUGGAAUAGGGGGCGCAAUGGUCAACCUUUAUGGUGAGGUGGUUGGUAUCAAUUUUUACGCUAAAGAAUUUACUCCUUUUCUACCAAUGAAUGUCGUCUGCAAGUGGUGGGACCAUGUUGCUCCGAAUUCCCCAGCUGGUUCUGUAAGCGUGCAACCAAAUGAUAUUAUAGUUGAAUGUGAUGGAGUUGCUAUUACUAAUGAAAAUCUGGAGUAUGAUGUAAUGAAGGAUUCUUUCAAGACAAGGUUUUCUUUAUUAUAUUGGAACCGAGAUUUGGAUAUUUAUGUUAAGAGAAUAGCCAAUAAAGCUGCUCCAUCAGUUGUCUCCUUACAAGUUUCUUCAGGUGGAAAUGAGAUAUUUGGCUUUGUCAUCGAAUGUGACACUGUCAUAACUUCUGCCAGUCUCUUAAAUUUUCUGGAUACUCAAUCCGGUGAUCUAAAGGUUUGUGUGGGUUUAUGUGAUGGUGAAAAAUGUGAUGGAGUGAUUGUGGCCUGUGACUUUCACUAUAACCUUGCUGCCAUAAAAAUUCAAGCAGGCAAGCCACUGCAAAUUGCUCGGUUAAAGUAUCUGGAUGAUUCAAUCUGCAUUUAUCCAACCAACUUGUCGAUUGGCAAACUACAUGAGAUGCAUUCUGAUCUAUUCAGAAUAUUUCCUGGGGAAAGAGUUAUAGCACUUGGACGUUUUAUUGAUGAUAUUGGUGAUAUUAUGGUCUCACCUGGUGAAUUCAGUGUUGAACAAUGCCGACUAGACUGUGAAGAGCUGUUGAGAUCAACUGGCAGAAUUACUCAAUGUGGCAUUGGGGGCCCAAUGAUCAACCGGAAAGCAGAGGUGAUCGGAGUCAACUUCUUUCAUUUCGAUUUCACUCCUUUUCUACCUAUCAACAUAGUUUCGAAAUGGUGGAGUCAUUAUACAAAAUAUAAGAACUAUUGUCGACCUUGGCUUGGGAUGGAAUUGAGUAAUCUCUUCACUGUUGAAGUAUGUACCUGGGAGAAGAUCAUACAAAAGUUUCCGAGUAUAAAAAUGGGCAUUCUAGUUGAUGAGGUUGCUCCAAAUUCCCCAGCUGGUUCUGUAAACGUGCAACCAAAUGAUAUUAUAGUUGAAUGUGAUGGAGUUGCUAUUACUAGUAACUUACAGUUGUUUGACCUACUAUGGGACAAGACUGGAAAUAUGGUGAAAUUGGGUUUAGCAAGGACAAGUGAUGGUUCUCGUGAAAAUCUAUCUGUGAUGGUUGCUGAUGCACCAGCCCUACUCAGUUUAAUUGGAGAUCUCCUACUGUAUUCUUGACAUUGAGAUCAAACAUCUUGGUUGGCAACAAACUUUGGAACCUUCUUGCUCUCAAUCUCAUGCUUGCGCAGGUCAAAAAGAAAAAGAAAAACUUGCGUAUGUUUUUAAACAGAUCUAGGAAGAAGUGUUUUUUUUUUUCUUUUUUUU